AUGAGCAAGAAGCGCACCCGCGCCAACCCGGAUGAGGUUUCCAUGCUAGAGGGCCCGCUAGACUACCGCUACGACCGCGUCCCGCACGCCUCGGACGCGGGGAUCGAGCUCGCGUGGGAGUCCAAGCUCGAGAAACACGCGACCGGACGCCUGUGGGACGCGUCCAAGUACCGUCUGCACUCCGCGGGCGUGGACGCGAAGACGAAGCGCGUGACGUUGAAACUCGGGACGACGUCGUAUAAAGAGUACGUCGGAACGCACACGUCUUCGCGGCCCGCGGGCGAGCGCGAGACGCUGUUGCGAGACGGCGACGCCGCGGGGUCGAAGAACACGCACCUGAGCUGCUCGUUGGGCAUCGAAAGCGUUUUACGGACCGCGGACGGCGGGAUCGUGCUGCUGCGUCGAAGCGAUCAGGUCGCGGUGCAGCCGGGAAAGUUCAACGGGCCCGCCGGUCACCCGGAGCCGUCCGACGCGAGCGGGACCGACGCCGCCGCGGCGAAGGCGGUCAUCUUCCACUCCGCGCUGAAGGAGACGCACGAGGAGACGGGGGUGCCGCUCGGCUCGAUGUCGCCGCCGAGAUUGAUCGGCGGCAUGAUCGACGCGGAGGGGAAGCCCAUCUUGUUGUUUCUGACGGAGACGUCGCUCACCGCGGCGGAGGUCGCGAGCACGUACGCGUCCGCGGGCGCGGCGAGCGACGCGUGGGAGUCCAGCGGUCUUCACGUCGUCUCCGCGACGCCGUCCGUCGCGGUGGAGUGCCGGGAGUCGGACACCGCGGGAGGGACGGACGGGUUGAGAGUCGGCGAACCUUCGGUGGUGGACGCGGGGGUCCGCGGCGACGUCGGCGGCGAGAAAGCGGCGACCGCGAAGACGCGCGACGAGAACCGACGCGUCGCGUCGAACGCGGAAUCUGAAGCGACGUUGACGUCCGGGUUUAACCCGUCGCUGACGCGUCAGUACUGGGCUCGGAGCGAGACGUUCUCGUCCGUGACCAGAGCCGCGGUGGACUGCGUGUACAUGCUCGAGGCGACGUCUGGGGACGUCGAGGACGCCACGAGGCUCACGAGCCGCGCGCACGUGUGGGAGAACGCGUUAGACGCGGCGAUGGAUCACGACCUGGACGCGGUCGCAGGCGUGAUCGAGCGCCUGAACCUUUCGCACCUCGGGAUGGGGGGGUUCUAG